AAAAAGAAAAAACAGGCAGCAAGCAACCUUGUCGGUUGUAUUUGUCCGUGAACUAGACACGGGCAAUACUCGAACGGCUAAUGGAUUCUCGAAUGCAAAUAAAAAACGUUCAGAUUUUGGCUUUGCGCGAAAACCAACUGCGAAAGCUAACUCUCACAGCUAUCUAGCUAACCAAGCACUUUCCUGCCAAGGGUUCGGCGCCGCGCCGUGGCAAUUCUGUCGGUGGAUCGGGGUACAUUACGUUGAGAGCAUAAUAUAUAAAAGUCGGAAAUGAAAAUUCAGAACAGUUUCGCACUUCAACUUUUCGGAGCAGCUCGCGUGGGUGACGUCGGUCACUGAAAGUUGUUUUUCUAUUUCGUCGUAACAUAAACACAGGAAGCACUGUUUUAAGACGAUGUCAUCCAUACAAAUGAGAACCAAUGUUAUCCUGCCUCCUAGGCUUGAGAAACUUAAAUUUUCAGAGUACAGCAAUGUGUGAAAUUGCCAAGGAGCAAGGAUAUAAAUUAAUUCGUGUCGACUGUUCAAGCAACUUUAGUGCUCGAGCAAUGGCCAAGCUGGGUUUCGAGAGCAUUAGCGAAUUGAAAUACGAAGAUUAUAAACCAAAUGGGGAAAUUGUGUUUAAGCCCGCAUUCCCUCAUACUGAAGUAAAAUCAUUUGUCUGGAGGCUGUGAAGAAUUUUUCGAUGAGUACCUAAGAGUAUGUUUAAAGAGAGGGCCAAUUUCAACCCGUAAAUUAUACCUUUAUAAGUACCUUAUAAUAAAUCUAAUGAUAAUUAUAAUAAUUGUUGCUACGUUUAUGUUCCUAUUUUUCACAAUUUACUUGAAUAUGGAAUAAAAGCGCAUUUAAUACCUAAAUCGAAAAAAAAAAAAA